AUGCGACAUCACAGGCCCCUCGGGAGGACUCUGCUUUUUAACAUACCUUACAUCACAUCAGAGACGCAGGCCGUGUGCCUGUACAGACUGGGACACAGACUGGAACACAGACUGGGACACAGACUGGAACACAGACUGGAACACAGACUGGGACACAGACUGGAACACAGACUGGAACACAGACUGGGACACAGACUGGGACACAGACUGGAACACAGACUGGAACACAGACUGGGACACAGACUGGAACACAGACUGGGACACAGACUUGAACACAGACUGGAACACAGACUGGAACACAGACUGGAACACAGACUGGAACACAGACUGGGACACAGACUGGAACACAGACUGGAACACAGACUGGGACACAGACUGGGACACAGACUGGGACACAGACUGGAACACCGACUGAAACACCGACUGAAACACAGACUGGGACACAGACUGGAGCACAGACUGGAGCACAGACUGGAACACAGACUGGGACACAGACUGGGACACAGACUGGAACACAGACUGGGACACAGACUGGAACACAGACUGAAACACAGACUGGAGCACAGACUGGAGCACAGACUGGAGCACAGACUGGAACACAGACUAGAACACAGACUGGAACACCGACUGGGACACAGACUGGAGCACAGACUGGAGCACAGACUGGAGCACAGACUGGAACACAGACUAGAACACAGACUGGGACACAGACUGGAACACAGACUGGAACACAGACUGGAACACAGACUGGGACACAGACUGGGACACAGACUGGAACACAGACUGGGACACAGACUGGAGCACAGACUGGAACACAGACUGGAACACAGACUGGGACACAGACUGGGACACAGACUGGAACACAGACUGGAACACAGACUGGGACACAGACUGGGACACAGACUGGGACACAGACUGGAACACCGACUGAAACACCGACUGAAACACAGACUGGGACACAGACUGGAGCACAGACUGGAGCACAGACUGGAACACAGACUGGGACACAGACUGGGACACAGACUGGAACACAGACUGGGACACAGACUGGAACACAGACUGGGACACAGACUGGAACACAGACUGAAACACAGACUGGAGCACAGACUGGAACACAGACUAGAACACAGACUGGAACACCGACUGGGACACAGACUGGAACACAGACUGGGACACAGACUGGAACACAGACUGGGACACAGACUGGAGCACAGACUGGAGCACAGACUGGGACACAGACUGGGACACAGACUGGAACACAGACUGGGACACAGACUGGAACACAGACUGGAGCACAGACUGGAGCACAGACUGGGACACAGACUGGGACACAGACUGGAACACAGACUGGGACACCGACUGAAACACAGACUGGGACACAGACUGGAGCACAGACUGGAGCACAGACUGGAACACAGACUGGAACACAGACUGGAGCACAGACUGGAACACAGACUGGGACACAGACUGGGACACAGACUGGAACACAGACUGGGACACAGACUGGAGCACAGACUGGAACACAGACUGGAACACAGACUGGGACACAGACUGGGACACAGACUGGAUGUGUUCCAGUCUGUGUUCCAGUCUGUGUUCAGACUGGGACACAGAGCACCAGAGACAGACAGUCAUUUGGAGACUUGA